AUGCAGCCUCAGCCAAGGCGACAGCAGCCGCCUCCACAACGGAUGCCACCGCCUAAUGGUGGACCACCGCCACCAGGGCAAUAUAUGCGACAGCAACAAGGUCCACCACGACCUAUGGGAGGACCAGGCGGAAUGUACGCUCCUUCGCCGGGCAUGGGUGGACCGAUGGGCCCACCCAUGGGUCCACCUAUGGGUCAAGGAGGCAACUAUCCGCCACCCAACAUGCGGCCUCGUCCGCCGCCUAAUAUGUCUAAUAUGAUGCCCAUGGGCAACCAGAUGCCGAUGAACGGACCUCCUCGACAGAUGGGUGGACCAAUGCCUAUGGGAGGACCGAUGCCGAUGGGACAGAGACCAAUGGGCGGACCGAAUAUGCCUCCGAUGGGUAGACCUAGCCCACCCCCAAACAUGGGUCCGCCUCGACCCAAUCCCAAUAUCCCAGGGUACAGAGUCCCACAACCAGGACCAGGAAUGGGGCCAGGAAUGGGACCAGGUAUGGGGCUAGGACCAGGAUCAGGAAUGGGAUCAGGACCAGGGUCUGUAUCAAGUUCUGUUGGCUCUAGUAGCUCGGCCCAGUCUGCACCGCUCUCCAUCUAUGGAGGCAUGGGAUCACCAUCAAACAAACAAAGCUCCAAUGUUUCCACGCCUGCUUACGCUUCUGGGCAUUCCCCCCUGGUGCCGAUCAACUAUCAGCCAAAGACUUCUCAUACAGGGACACCGCCUUCCAGACCUGUGCAGACGUCGAGUCCUAGUCCAACUCCAGGACCCGCCCCAGUGUUAGCAUCCAGUCCUGCAGUCAUGGCGCCACCCAAUCCUCUGCGCCGAGAAAACUCGUCACCAAAGAUCCGCAAGGAAAUACCUGCGAUCUCUGGUCGCAACGAUGCUUCCUCUUCUCCCCAAAUCCGAAAUGAGGCACCAAUACCCUCGCCUGUUGCACGAAAGGAAGUGCCUCUGACAGCACCCAAAGCACCCGUCCGAAGAGAUACAGCGUCAUCAUCAAAGUCUCAGAAGGAGGCAUCAUCAAAGUCCCAGAAGGAGGCAUUGUCGCCAGUCUUGAAGAAGGAAAAUGCUGUGCCCCAACGUAAGGAAACCCCGACUCAACCACAACAGCCAAUGCGCAAGAAUCUGAUUUCAAUGUCCUCGCCAUCACCAUCAUCUAUGAGCCGCCAGCCGGACAACUCGGAUCGACGACCAGUCGUGGAAAUUGCACAGUUUGCGAAGGAGGGCUUCAAUCACGAAGAAUAUCUGACGCAAAACUUGGCUACCGCAAGCGAGGAGACAAUCCGCAGCUUUCUACAGUCACUCAAGGAUUCAAAAUCGCUGGCGGCUGAGGAUCUGCAGGAGAACGUGUUUAAGAACUACAACGAAUUUGUUACUAUUUCAAAGGAAAUUUCAAAGCUGGAGAGCGACAUGCAGACUUUGCGUGGACUGUUAGACGAUCUAAAAUCUGCGAGUGACAAUCUUAUGGACGAUGACGAUGAAUUCUUGCUGACUGCAGGCAUCGAGGAUUCUGCUCCUGUAGUGCCAAAACGAAUGACGGUGAUGGUGUCGAGCAUGUCAGACCUGACGUCUGUUUGGAAGGCACAAAUGAUGGCGCUAUGGGAAGGUAUCGAAGGCGCACAGAAAAUGCUGCCAUACCAUCCCAAACGACAUCUGAUCCGCGAGUCACCGAGCUUUGUGGAAGUGAACACAACGACAAACAAGAUCAGGCAUCCCGUCCAUAUUGUUUUGAUGAAUGAUACUAUCCUCAUUGCAACCCGUAAGAAAAAAACGGCAGCCAACUCGAAGUACAAACUGCUCGGGGACCGCUGCUGGCCAUUAACAGAGAUUACAAUCGAUGACAUGAAGGACACCACAGAGAUCCGAAAUGCAAUCAAAAUCACGCAUGGCGAUGAAGUAUUUGUAUAUAAGACUGAGAAGGGACAAGAAAAGCAGACCAUGCUGGUCAAUGCAAAGCGUACUACGGAUGAAAUGCUCGCACGAUCCAACGAAUCACGCAACAAAGGACUAUUUGGAUUCACUCCCGCGAUGCCCAACCGCACAGGAAUGAAGUUCAGAGCGUCGGUCACCUCUAGUCAGCCAGACGCACGAUGGCUUGCAGAAUUCACAGAUGAACUCGAUGUUAUGAUCGCGCAGAGGGAACUUGACGGUGCAGUUGCAGGCAUCGAGAAAGCUACUGUGAUGCUCUCACAAAUGACCUUGCCGGCGACCAAAUUGGAAGAGACAAGGAAGCGUUUGGAUGAGCGCGUUGCCCGCUUGUCUAAAGUCAUCAUUCUGGAUCUCGGGCAGUCUCACAUCACAAAAACUGCAGUCCAACGGGAUGUUGGAUGGCUGGAGCGGCUGGGAUGUCUCGAUCAAGCGAGAGAUGUCUUUUUGAACAACAGGACCAAAGUCGUUCGACAAAGAAUCAGUCGAGUGAAACCAAAGAGAGAUCCCAUGUUGCACGUUGAGGAGCUGGCUAUGAUUGUGUUUACCUCCAUCAAAAACACGUCUGAAUGGUUUGAGCUUUCGUUCAAGGAUCCAAAGCUGUCGUCGGCGCUUGUAAAGUGGGCUAAGCAGGAGAUCGAGUACUUUGCGGAAUUUUAUAAGAACAUUGUCUUUGGAGCUGAGCAAAGCAACUUUCAAGCCAUCGCAGACUGCGCAAGAGUCACCAACGAGCAGUGCAAUAAGCUGAAGGACAUAGGGUUGGAUCUGUCUUUUGUACUGGAAGCUGUGCUUAUGCCGUACUUGAUUGAGACAAUUGCCGAGCAUGAAAGACGCUGCUUAGAAAGGAUGGACGCCAUCAUUGAGCAUGACGAUUUUGCAGCCAUGUCUGGAGAGGAACUGGGUAUGGAUACUAAGCCUUUGUGUUUCGCACGCUCGACAACACCUCUUUCAGCAAGCAUGAUUGCCUUUUAUACGGUCAUGCUGCAGUUCGUAAACAACAUCUGCCUGAUCGGCAGCUUGACACUCUAUAGCAGAAUCGUGGAUAGCGUUGCAAUAUUGUUCAAGGCAUACGUGAACAGGACAAUCCAGGUGUAUGAGGAGAAGGGCAUGACGGACGAUCAGCGCACUAUUGUUAAUUCAAACUUUCAGUUCAUUUCCGAGAGUUUUAUAUCCAGAGUGAUUGUGCAGCUGAGGCACCGUUUUGACAGACCUAUUCCUGAGCUAGAGGCUGUCCGAGAGGAGCUCGGAGGCGUCGAGUUGUAA